UUUUGCCUCCAAGCGUGUAUUUGUUCGCUUACAAACACGUUGUUCUUAAACCCCAAAAAGUCUAGCACCUCUUGUUGCGUACAAUACGAGCAGCAGAACGUACAAGAAUGGAUGCGAAGAUCGGAAACUUCUUCGAAUCGGUCGGUAAUUUUUUCACGGGUGGAGAUCAGAUUCCUUGGUGCGAUUCUGAUAUUGUCAAAGGAUGUGAACGUGAAGUUGCUGAGGUGGAAAAAGGUUCCUCUGAUGAACUGAAAAGUGAAUGCAUCAUGCGUCUUUCAUGGGCUCUUGUUCACUCAAAACGUCCAGAAGACGUACAACGUGGAAUUGCAAUGCUUGAAGCUUCUCUGGGUGGCAGUAACAGUCCCCUCCAAAUGAGGGAAAAGAUGUAUCUUCUAGCAGUUGGCUACUACAGAAGUGGGGACUAUGCAAGAAGCAGGCAGCUUGUUGAGCGUUGUUUGGAGAUUGCGCCGGAUUGGAGACAGGCCUCGACCCUCAAGAAAUCUAUUGAAGAUAAAAUUACUAAAGAUGGAGUAAUUGGUAUUGGCAUUGCUGCAACUGCCGUUACUGCUGUUGGACUCCUAGCUGGUGGAAUUGCAGCUGCUUUGUCUCGCAAGAAAUGACCCAUCGCAAACCACUAACGUGCAUAGCAGCCUUCCCGUUCUGGUCCCUCUAUAAAUGACUGAGCCCGUAAACUUCCCUAGCUUUGAUACUUCUCUUUCUUUAUAGAAACACUGACAUCUGCAACUGAAGCAAAGUAUGUAGCUAGCUUUGUUUUGAUGGUCUAGUUUUAUAUGUAAUAAUGACUUGUCCAUGUUGGUCUUUAUUGUAGCAAAAAGGAUCCAUGUUGUUUCUUUUCAAUAUUUGGUUUGCUUUCUC